CUCUCUCCCUCUGAUCAGUGGGUGAGAGAGGGGGGAGAAAGCAGCACACAGCGGAGAACCCGGCGUGCGCCUCCGGUAAAAAAAAAACCGCCCGCGUUCACACCUUCCCGCGCCGUUACGCAUGUGGACGUCCAGCCUCACCCUGCUCUCUGUUUCUGCCCCUUCCAGUGGUCAUCCUCUGGUCGGAUCGUCCUGUGCAUCUCACCUGGAUCCUGACUCUGAAUGACGGGCGGAAGGUUUGACUUCGACGACGGUGGCACUUACUGCGGGGGGUGGGAGGAUGGAAAAGCCCACGGACACGGCAUCUGCACCGGACCCAAGGGCCAGGGCGAGUACGCGGGGUCCUGGUCGCACGGAUUCGAGAUAGUGGGGGUGUACACCUGGCCCAGCGGGAACACCUACCGGGGCUACUGGUCCCAGGGGAAGCGGCAUGGACUCGGUGUGGAGAAUAAGGGGAAGUGGAUGUACCGCGGGGAGUGGAGUCAUGGCUUUAAAGGGAGAUACGGGAUCCGCCAGAGCCACAACACACCUGCGAGAUACGAUGGCACCUGGAGCAACGGGCUGCAGGACGGGUACGGGAUCGAGACCUACGGAGAUGGCGGUACCUAUCAGGGUCAGUGGAUGGGGGGAAUGCGACACGGUUACGGCGUGCGUCAGAGCGUCCCGUACGGCAUGGCGACUGUUAUCCGCUCUCCUCUGCGCACCUCCUUGGCCUCGCUUCGCUCCGAGCAGAGUAACGGCAACGUGCUGCAGGACCUCUCCUCGCCCGGCGACGCGCCCGCAGGAAGUCGCGGCGGCUUCGUGCUGAACUUCCACUCCGACAGCGAGGUCGUCACCAAGAAGAAGGGCCUCUUCCGUCGUGGAUCGCUGUUCGGGAGCCUCCGGCAGCUCAGGAAAUCUGACUCUCGGACGUCCAUCUCCAGCAAACGCAGCUCCGCGAGAAGUGACGCCGCAAUGAGUCGCAUCAGCUCAAGCGACGCCAACUCCACCAUCUCUAUCGGUGACGGAGAGCUGCCGGACGAGGAUUUACCGCUGGAGGACCACGUGGACGCCACCACCACCGAGACCUACAUGGGCGAGUGGAAGAACGACAAGCGAAACGGAUUUGGAGUUUCGGAGAGAUCCAACGGGAUGAAGUACGAGGGGGAAUGGCUGAACAACAAGCGCCACGGGUACGGGUGCACGGUUUUCCCAGACGCCACCAAAGAAGAAGGGAAGUACAAAAAUAACGUGCUGGUGCGUGGAAUAAGGAAGCAGUUGAUUCCUCUUAAAAACCCCAAAACCAAAGAGAAGGUGGACCGAGCCGUGGAGGCGGCGCAGAGAGCGGCAGCCAUCGCCAGGAGUAAAGUGGAAAUAGCUGCUUCCAG